GCAGAGGUCGGAUGGGAAAUAUUCUGCAUAUGCCCAAAUUAAUAUUUAAAUUAGGUUAAGUUGCGACGGCGGUUUUCAUUGGCUGCUAAAAGGAUACAUGGUGCUCUCAAACUCCCAUCAUCCAAUGCUGCAUCCUACAGCGUCCAUCUUCCACAUUUCUUACCACUGCGAUAAAGAAAAAGCUAUAUUUUGUCGACAUUUUGAUAAUAUAUCUGAAUAGAUAUUGAGAGUCUGUGUAUAUAUAUAUAUUUCCUCUUUUAUACUGCAUCGUAUUUUUGAGACAAACUAGCAAGAAAACUACGACGAUAGCGUAUUUUUCUGUCUAAAUCUUUUGGUACCAAAACCAAAAUUAUUUCUGAAAAUAGAUUUGUAUAUAUUUGUAAAUAAUUGUUGUACAUAAAACGAGACAUAAAGUAGCCAGCUAAGUUUUCUAUUGAUUCAGAAUAUAGUCAGUUUGACUGUUACGUCUUAGUGUUUUGUAUUUGCCUGCAGUUGAAGGAAUUUUGUAGUAUUUAAAUUUUGUAACAUAUUUGAUCGAUAUUGUUUCAUACUUAUAUUAUAGAAAUGUUUAACACUAACAUUAAUAAAGUUUUGAGAAGCGUUUUAAUUGCAGGGGAUUCCAACCUGAAGCAGCUUGUACCAAUGUUUGAAUACCCAGUUAGAACACUGUGCAUACCUGGUGCCAAAGUACAGAAUGACCGGAAAGAAUUCUAUUCCCAACUGAUGAGUGCCAUGAAGACAGAAAACCCGGACCAGAUUGUUCUGCAUCUAGGUUCGAAUGAUGUAUUUGGUGAUGUUGAAUCAACUUUGAGAUCUUAUAGAUUCCUGAUAGAGAAUUUGCUGCUGAAAUUUAAAUCGUUGCAAAUAGGUAUUUGUGGCAUACUUCCCCGUGCAGUAAACCACUAUGAGAGUAGUUAUUGGAACUUGUCAGCAUUGCCAAGACUGCAGAGAGAUGUCGAGAAGUUGAACGCUGGUAUACAGUCUUUAACUUGUGGUUACAGUAGAUGUUUUUUUAUUGAUUAUGCACAGCUCUUUAAACCUGCUGUUCAUCUUGGAAGGGACGGACUUCAUGUAAAUAGAAAUGGAGCUUUUAUUUUGAAGAUGACUAUAGAGAACUAUUUAGCAGAGAGACAAAAGUGUGUUACAUCCGUGACUGCAAUCUUAUCUCACGUACAGGUACCUGAUGUAGAAUCUUUGUCACCCAAGAUGACCUAUGCAGAAGUGGUGAGACUACCAGUACCUUCUUCUGAUACAGGAAAGAGACCUUUUGACACGGAUGCUGAACAUCAGAAUUCCUCUAGAACCCCUUCUAAGAGGAAGAGAUUGUCUUCAGCUGGGGCAAGAAGAUCAAAUAAUAAAAGAUCUCACAGAAAACCAAGAGGAACUUAUAAAACAGGAUACAGUUUAAAGAGGAAUGAAAUAGUCCUAGAUGUUACUGAGGAUCUGGCUGUUAUCUUGUCAUCCUCAGUCAUUCAUAGUUUCUAUCAGACUGACACGAAAAAGCAAUCUGUGGAAUCCUUACAAGUGAAGCAAUCAAAGAAAACAGCUGUGACUAAGAAAGAAAAAAAAAGCACUUAUAAUUGUCCUGUUUGUCCAGUAAUAUGCUCCAGAGAAGAUUUUCUGAUAGACCAUGUUAUUUGCUGUCAUGCUAAAAAAGGCAAAACUCACUUAGUCAAAGAUCUUUCUCUUCAGGUACCAAUAACUGAGGAACCUGUAGAGGAGCUUAGGAGUUCCUAUGACGAGAAUGAUAAACACAUAGCAUAUGGUAGUGUAUACAUAGAGGGUUAUGAAGUGGAUUGUAUUAUUCCAUCACAAACAGAGUUUGCAGAGAGUGAUGAAGUGGAGUGUAGUAUUCUAACAACAAUAGAGUUUGCAGAGAGUGAUGAACUGGAGUGUAGUAUUUCAACAAUAGAAUUUGCAGAGAGUGAUGAAGUGGAGUGUAGUAUUCCAACAACAAUAGAUUUUGCAGAGAGUGAGGAAGUGGAGUCUAGUAGUCCCACAAGAAUAGAGUUUGCACUAACAACAGUGAAGGUUUUGGCAAGCAGAUGUUGGAAGAACUUCAAACGGUUUAUCCUGCAUCUCUGUGGGGAUGUUGAAGAAAAUCCAGGACCUACAAUGCUGAAGUGCAAGUGGGAGCAGUGUACAGAGGACAAGUUCACUGAUAUUCGUCUAUUAGCCCAGCACGUGAUUUCGCACAUUCAUCCUGGAAUUCUUUGCCAAUGGGAAGAAUGUGUAUAUUGUUGUCCAAAUGAACAAUACAAACUGGAAAUUCAUGUGCUACAACAUAUAUACUUGGAACAGUUAACUUUUCAGUCAAUUGAAGAAUGGGGAAGAGCACUUCCUUCAGGACAGUUUUCAGAGAAUUGUACUGAUCUUCACUUGUGUCCUCCUAAUUUGAAAAUUAAGUUAGGCCUCCCAUUGUUAGAUGAAGAAUUUAGUAUGCCAUCUCAGUACCCGUAUACUGUUAAAGAUCAUCAGCUUUAUGUACUACAGUUACAGACAGAGAAUCCAGAAAAUUAUGAAAGAUUAGUAUCUGCCUUUCAACAAAAGGUUGAAACCAUGAGUGAUACUACAGCUAGUCAAUCUGGAACUGAACCCUCAACUUCUACUAGUGGUAAUACCACAGAGCUGACAAUCCAGGGAAUUGAUCAAUUGGCUGUCUUGAACUCUAACAUGACACGCUCAAGUCAACAGGUUAUUGUCACAAACCGUCCUGAGCUGACAGGUACCAAUCAGAGUACAGUAAAAUUUACACUCAGAGAUGAAACAGAAAUAGUAACAAGGAAGUAUAUCUCAAGCAACUCUAAGAAGAGAAAAUAUGUAGCCUCCAGCAUUCAAAACCUUAAUGAUAGAAACAUGACCGAAAAUGAUCUAAUAACAAACUUAAAUAUGUGUAGACAGGCUAUUUUGGUGGAACAUAAUAUAAUCAGCAAAAUGCAAGAUAUGAAAUUUCUUGAUCCAAAUAAUUGUCUAUUUUUAUUUGAGGAAGCUGCUAUUAAUAUGUCAACUUAUCCAGACUGCUCUGAAGGAGUUUUCAUUUUUUCAAUCUUUGAUAUUGAGAUUGAAAAUCACAAUGCACCUGUACAUUAUAUACGAUACAUAGAAUCAGGAUAUUACAAACAUUUCAUGGAGGAGACUUUUCUGGAUGUAAUAUGUCAAACAUUAGGAAUUCUGCAAGAUAAUGUAUUCUUAUGCAACAUCCUAACUGGUGGAGAUCAGCAGAGAAUGCUCAUUGAAAAGAAAAACAAGGACUCAAGAAAAUCUAGAACACGCCCUGACAAAAUUUAUGCCAACAAUUUAAAGAGCUUAAAAUCUAGAAGACAACAAUUGUGUGAAAAAGUUAAAGACUUUUGUGACAUUGAACUAGCUGCUUGUUUUGUGCACACUGCUAGACAUGGUUAUAAAGUUAAGAUAGAUUCAGAUGCCAGUGAUGGUCUUUACUUUUCAUCUAACAAUGAACUAUUCCACACAGAUAUCAUACAAAACAAGAUACUUCAUUACCCAGAAGUGAAAAAUGCAGAAGUUAGUGACAAAUGCUCAGAUGACUUUAUGAAGCCUCUCCCUGCUAGUAAUGUUAAUAACCUAUGUUACAAAAGUUGCAUGAUUAACUUUCUAUCAAAUGAUCACAACAGAUUCCUUGGAAAAGAAAAUUUGCGCUAUCAUUACAGAUUUUCAACAAGUCCAAAGGCCACCUCUUUGAGAAAUCGGGUAUUGUACUUGUACAAAAAUCAUCAGCUGAAUGAACUUCAAACCAUUUACUCAUCUUUCCAACAAGAAGACCAGAAUCAAGAAAACAUAAAUAACCAAAAUAUGAAUGAUCCCACUGGAGAACCUCAAACAAAAAGAACAAGGACAUUUAUUCCACGGAAGAAAAUUCUGACAAAAGAAAUGGCUUUGCAGACUAUUUCAGGACAAAAUGUGGAAAAUAUGUUCAAAAAAGUAAAUUUAUAUGAUAACUACAAGAAAAAUCUUUUACAGAAUCGAAGUUUUAUUAUCCAGGUUUACGAUGAAGAGAAAGUUAUUGCAAUUAUGAAUGAUUAUGAUGAUGAAAGUGGGGAAUUUAGAAGCUCUGAUUAUGUAAAAACAUCAAGGGAUCUUUUCGAGAACGGUUAUUUUUACACUUGCAACUGUCGUAUCUAUCGUACCUUGUUGGAAUCCCUGGAUAACAAUAUGGAACAGUUUGAUGCUCUGGAUGAAAAUGGUAUUAAAUGCAUGCAUUGUCGUUUUUUGCAUCAAGAGGUAUCACCAAAUUUGGAAAGGAAUGAGCAAGCAACCGUAACAAACAUUCAAGUAGUCAUACAAGAUGCUCUGUUAUACAAGGAUAGGAAAAUUAUUGAAUUGCCAACUACAAGACCAGGAACCAAAAAAUUUUCAAUUUUGAUAGAUGAUGACAUUUCAUUAGUUCAUUUGACAUUCAAUUCACGUCUUCAGCGCUAUAUAGUUUCCUGCUUGAAUGGAUUAUGUAAAAGUAAAAAAGGAUGCAAGAAAAAUGUUGACUGUCUUAAUACUGAUCAAAAUUUAUGUGUUCAUUUGUCUGAGCUGAAGAAUGCUCCUCAUUUUUGGACAGAAUUUAGCAAACCUGAAGCUGCAGUGAACACUGAAAAUGAUGAGAAUAUACAGCUUAUUGAUCCCAAUCUAGUUCAGAAUAUACAACAUCGUUAUAUAUUGGGCGCUCUUAACUUAAACAAUGUUGAAAAUGGAUGCAUUAAAGGUCCACAUCUUAUUCCAGAUAUUCCAACUUCAGUUUGUCCAUGUGGCGCAGGAUGGACAAGUAAUCAGCAGCUAAAUGGUGUAAGUACAUUUUCCAGAGUACUCACUAUCUAUACAAAAAUAGCACCAGUACAGUGUCAGGUAUAUAGCAGAAGCUGUGCUAAUGAAGAAUCACCUUGUAAAAAAGACUGGGAUGAAGGAGAUAAAGAAUGUUUACAUGUAGUUACCCGAGAUACUGCAGCUGGAGAUGAAAUUGACCACAUUAGUGGCCUUAAUAUAAAUGCUGCUGGAAAUGGCUUUUACAACAGAAAAAUGUAUGAAAUGAGAGAGUAUGCUCCAGAAUUAAGAGAUUUGAUUGCUUCAUCCAUGCUUAGUCAUGCCAAUCCUCAAGGAAAUAAUUUUGUUCCCGAUGAUGUCAUUACAUUUAUUCGAUAUUUGAUCAAAUGUGUUGCAGAUAUGGAGAUCACUCAACCAGAUCCUGCAAAUCCACAACCAGGAACAUAUAACCCAGCUAAGUAUGGAAGAGCUUACUACUUUUCAGAAACUGACCCUUAG